CCAUGCUGCAGGCCCUGGGCGUGAGUGCGAGGGAGGUGCAGCAGGCAGCAGUGCAGCAGCAGCAGGUGCACCUCAGGCGACUGCUGCGAGGCAAAGUCGUGCUGGUGGUGGACCCGUGCUUCCAAACGCGCAAGGCGGCAGCGGUGGCGCUCUCGCAGUUCGCGGAUGCAGCGUGCGCCGUGGCGUCACCAGCAGACGCCCUCAGCCGCCUGGCCCCGCCCCACGACUUCCACCUCGUGCUGCUCAGCCUCUACCUGCCGGACCUCCCUCCUACACAGUUUGUGCAGCGAGUGCGAGAGAUGGAGGCCGCAGCAGCUCUAGGUGCACCAGCAGCAGCAGGAGGGAGCGGGGAAGGCGCAGGGGCACCAAAGGGAGUUGCAGAGAUGCCAAAAAGCAGCAUGCUGGGGAUGGUCACAGAUGUCCUCACCAACGACCUGCCACCACGGUUGAGCGACUGCCGUGUAGACGGUCUCCUUGCAACACCCAUUUGCGAAUCCCAGUUGCUCUCAACUCUAAGAAGCCUUGUUUCCUGUGGGAAGUUUAUAUAAAGAGGAGUUCAGAAGACUUGUAACGUGUACAUUAUUCUGAACCAAGCCGCAAAGCUGGGCAGGGCAGAUGGGCAGGUUUGGACGGUGCAGCUGGCGAUACACACCCGAAUCUCCAGCGACGGGGAUUCAGCCGCCAGCUCAGCAGCGGGCAGCCCAAUCACCACGCCGAGCCAGCUGAUGAAUUUGGAUGACUUUUGAGCCGCGAUGUUGCUUUUCCCUUUCCUGCAUUUCCAGCCAAUCACAGCCCAUGACAUGCGCUCGCACGGAUGCAGACGAUGAGUCGCUCGUGGAUGGGGCUGUGAGACCCACCCAACCCUAAAAUUCGCCAACGGUCGGAGGGAUGGAUGUUUGUUUCGCUGGACGUCGCACCGCAGCCUCGAGGUCUCCUCCGUCCAUUGCCUGACAGACAAUCUCCAUACCCCUGGCUACUUGUCAAGGUCAUUAGCCGCUAAGACAUUAGGGAGUUGUUGGCUCACCAGCCUGAAGUGAUGCUAGAAUGGCUUUAGUUGCAUCGAGCGUGCGAGCCGCGGCCAUUGACGCGUGCGUGGCGUCGUCCAGCGCGUUGCUUCACUCGUCGUCGUCGUACGGAUCGGUCGCCUCUCUCUCCUCGACGUUGAUCCGCCUAGCGUCGUCUCGCCUCUCCCCAGCCAGGCCCUUCUCUCCCACCCAUUCACCGCUCCCAUCCGCCGCGUCGUCCGUCGCCUCCGUCUUUUCCGGUUAGGAAGCUCAUAGCUCCAUGCAUAGCGCCAUGCAUACGGCCCAUGGUGCGCCGCGAUCGGCGGCGGUUGGCAGCGGUGUCGGCUGU